AUGAAGAGGAAAAAUUUUCCAGGGUAUUCCAAAAGGCGAGGUCAGCUGGGUGGGGAGCGAUCGCCAAGGGUAGAAUUUCGAAAGACUUUGGUAUAUAAGCGGCCGGUCGGCAAUCAACACCAUAUCGACACCGAUACACCACAAAUCAACAUCAACAUGUACAAGUUCUUGAUCCUCGCCGCCGCAGUGGCCUGCGCCAACGCCGGCUACCUGGGAGCCCCCCUGGCCACCACCUACGCCGCCCCCGCCUACGCCGCCUACGGACACGCCGCCGUCGCCCCAGCAGCCAUCACCUCCCAGUCCUCCAACAUCCUGAGGAGCUACGGUAACCUCGGCCAGGUGUCCACCUACAGCAAGACCAUCGACACCCCAUACAGCAGCGUCACCAAGUCCGACGUCAGGGUCUCCAACCCCGGAGUCAGGACCCUCGCCCCCGCCGCUUACGCUCCAGCUUACGCUGCCGCCCCAGUCGCCGCUUACCACGCCGCACCAGUCGCCACUUAUGCCGCAGCUCCAGCUUACGCCGCAAGGGCCUACGCCGCACCAGCCCUCGCCGCCCCAGCCGUCGCCGCUCACGGCCUCCUCGGAGUAGCCUACUCCGCCGCCCCCGCUGUCGCCCACGUCUCCUACGACAGCCCCAUCGUCCACUACGCUCUCUAAGUCCUUCGCCCCAUCGUCAAUAAUCUCAUCCGUCUUCCAUUCCUCUUACAGAGGCCGCGUUCAUCUUUAGUAUGAUAAUUAAAUUAUUAUCUUAUUUAUUACA